UUGUAGCCCUGAACAGACAACUUGGUCUGCUGUUACACAGUUGUUGCUCACUUCUGAAGAGAAAGAAAACCUAGAAAAGAGUCAGCAGUCAUCAUUAUGUAUUGUUUCUGCAACCAAAUUUGACAGAAAGUGAGCCAUUUCCCGAAAAGCUCUCCAGACUCAAAAGGACAGGAGAAACUCAACCUCAAAAGUUGUAACACUUUCCAAAUUUUACUCAAGCUUCACAGCAAGCACGAUGGAUGAGCUGAUAAAACGCAAUAAAGGGGACAUUGAGGUCUUUGUUGAUACUUGGCUUCUGACAAGGAAGAGGCCAAACAAAUUAAUUUUGCUCGCCAGGGAUAAAAUUUAUUGCGAUUACUCUGGCAAGGGAGAGGCAGACAACAAACUUUUAGAUGAGUUAAGAGAACAGUUAAAUGACGGGCAAGCUGAGACAUUCAAACUAGUCACAAAUCACUCUCUAAAUCAUGAACGUGGCAACAAAGUAAGAGAAUUUUUGGAUAUACACAAGAAUGUGACAUUUGAGAUUGCAGUAGCCCAUGUUCAUAGAGGGGCAAUACAUGGCCAUGACCGCCUUGUACUGAGGACACUCAGAGGUAAGGAUUGGCCACACGUAAUAAGACUUAUCCUACAGAAGGAUGGAUGGAAUGGAUGGGAUGGUGCAUGGACAGGACUGAAUCUAAUGCAGUGGGAUAUGGUAAAGGAAAGUAUUCAAAGACCACAAAAUUGUAACUGGGAAGAAGACUUAGAAAGAAAUGCCAAGCUUGAAGAUUGGGAAGAUGACUGGAUAUCUCGUCUCAAGAGGAUAGAAAGCUGUGGCCCUAAUGAUUGGGUAACGGAAGUUGUGGAGUUUGGAGAUGGGACAAGCCGGAAUAGAGCAAUGCAGUUGUUGUACAAUUAUGGUAGGGGUGGACUUAAACAUGUACUGGAAAGCAUUGAUCCUGACCAGGAUGACGGAAAGGGUUACGCUUUUCUGCUGUAUGUGCUUAAAACCUUAAGACCAGAUGGAGUUUGGAGAAAACUCAAGCCUAGGGGUGACAGUGCAGCAGAAAGCGAGAUCAGAGUAAGUGUGGAAGAAGUAUUGCGUUGGCGCAUUGUUGCAGACUAUGUGGCACAAAAGGAACUUAAGUAUCAGCAAGAUAGACAAGCACAAGAAGGAAAUCAGGCUGAAGCUGCAGCCAAAGCCAACUAAUCAAACACAAAAUGAAAUUUUUUCUUACUAGGCACAGAACUAAGCUUCCCAACAUGCCACCUUUCACUUAAGAAAACAACAAAUUUGUUUGACUUCUGAAAGCAUCUAAAUCAAAUAAAUACGGGCACAUGCUGAAUACACCAGGUCACCUAAAUCAUCCAUACCAGUAAGGUGUAGCUUGAUAAAACAAGUAAAGUUUUGCACACACUGAUUGAACUGAAUUUCUGAAGUAACGUCACCCACUGAUAUAUGCAGCCAGAAGAAAACUGAAUAAAGCAUCUCUAAUAACAAUCUGGAUAUGAAACAAAAAUUGGGUUAGCUUAGACUUACUUAGCUUAAAUGUAAUGUACAGUGUAUGUUCAAAAUUUCUAUGGGUUUUGAAUGGUGUGAAAAUUUACGAGUGAAAAGAAAUGUUAAUCUUACAGGAAAGUCAGCCGAGAUUGUGAAGAUUCCAAUAUCAGCAUGUAUCAAUGGUUUUCUUUGGGAUGAAUAUGUAGAAAUAUUUCACACACUUUGUAUGCUGAAUCAAAAAGUCAGUAAAAUUUGAGAAGCCGUAACACACUAAAUCAAUGAGAAAAUUGAGGCAAGAAAUUAUACACACUGUUUGAUUAUUCUUGUUUUAUGUAUAUGUUAACCAGUUGUAUCAAGCUGUAAUGUUUUUGAAUAAAACACAUCAAGGCAUGUAACUGGUUUAGUGUAUAAUCACUCGGAGCUUUUUUUCUUCACAGUCAAGGGUGAAGGAGUGUAAUUACAUCAUUAGUCGACAAAAAUGUUUGUUCAGAUUUAUAAGCUUCAAUUUAAUACAUGUUCAAAUUUUCUAUUAAUUAUUAGUUGUAGAUGCUACUUGCACUUCAUCCUUCUGCCUCAACAAAUUAAUAAGAGUUUUGGAUACUUGAUUAAAAUAUAUCAGAUUUUAGGAUAAAAUAAGAUAUUAGCCUUAGAUAUUGGUUCUUGUUGAUAUAUGUACUCAGUGAAAUGAAGCAAAAUUACUAUCAUUUGUGGCUACAGGUGAACUUGUGAUUUCUAUCAAGUGACUUUAAAUCUUGGGUUAACGAGGUUGCAUCUUCUCUCAAAGGAGUCAAUGUUCCUUGGCUUUGUGCCUUUUGAAUGGCAAAGAUAUGUACACUUAAGCAUUUAUAUUAUAUUGAAAGGUCUGUAACACUUAAGGGUUAUUAAUAAAAAACAAAUAGCCAUUUAAUCAACAUGAAAAUUAAAGACAAGAUGAAAAAUGAUAUAUUCUACAAAUUGUUCUAGACAGGCUAACCAGCUGCAUCAGUGACAUCACUGUAUAUAUAGUGAUAUAUCGUGGUUGAACUUAAUGUUGUAUAAAAAAUAAGACAUGAAACUGGCCAAGUUUAUAAACCCUCGGUGCUUAAUUUCCACAAGCAAAAGUCAAGUAGUGUUAUUCAAUAGUUAACCCUAACAGUCCUCAGUCCUCCAACAGGUGAAUGAUUGAGGACCAUUAUGGCUAUUAGAAAAACUGUCAGCUUAGACUUAACACCUAAUUAUUUAAGCUGUAUUAGCCAGUUAUACUUUGUGCUCCUGCAUCAACUUUAGGAUAAUGUAAGAUUUUUAGAUCUUAGAUAUUGGGUCUUGAUGGUAUUUAGGGAAAGGUAUUACAAUCAUUUGUACCUAAAAGCCAACUGAUAAGUCAUUUUAACACAUUGUUGUUUUUGUCAAAUGAUACUUUAAACUCUUGAGUUAAAGACGUUGCAUCUUCUUUAAAGGGAUCCAAAGUUCCCAUGUUUUGUGUGUUUUGAAUGGCAAAGAUGUCUACACUUCAGCACCUGUGGAUUCAACCGUGGGCGUGCAUGUGUAAUAACUAAGCAAUCAGGGUUGGCAGACAUCUUUGUAGUCAUUUUGGCUCACCAGCUGUUUUAAUUAAAAUCAACUUUUUUUAACUCGACUGUGUGAAUAAUCAAAAUAUGAAUUAAUUUGAUUAAAUGUAUCCAACUCUGAACUAGAUUAUGAUGAAAUGUGACUACAUGUAAGCUUGCCAAUUUUUUUCACAAGCUCUCGGUCAAGCAUCGAGUAAUCAGUGUUUAUAAACACAAGUACAUAUGUCACGUAAGGGCAAAACCAGUAUAAAUUAAAAUUAACUUCUCCCAGACACAAAGUACAUCUUGAUUCUUGACAUUAGUGAACAAGUCCAAACAGAGUCCAAAAUCACAAGUAUUACACUGCUUGUAUUAGACACAUUAAAUAUUGUCCUACUGUGAGUAGUAAAGAAUGACUUAACUGAAA